AUGCACUAUCAGUGCCGGUAUUGUGAAAGUGAAGCAUUGUUGCUUUUGCUGCUGCUGCUGCUGCUGCUGCUGCUGCUGCCGCUCGACCAGACUCGCAGGCUUGCGCGUGUCCUGCUUGAGCUCAGUCUUCGAGGUUGGCUGUUCUGUGGCAUCUUGGCUCAAAAACUGACGCUGCCCAAAGGUGUUCUGGCCUUUUUGAGUCUGGCCGCAUCAGCCCUCCUAGUUUUGGGGAUAACAUCUCCUGUGGAGGAGGCCUGGAAGAGCUGCCAAGAGGAGUGUAAUGGAUCGUCUUCAUGUUACGAGUCGACUGCCAUGGGCUCACGUGCUUGCAUCGGCGACAGCCGCAAGUGCUGGGAAAGAUACGGAUGUUCCCUGCACAGCUGUCCAAAGUGUGCUUUGCUCUGGGAAGAAGAGCAGAAGGCACAUGAAAGCCUUGCCGCUUGCAAGAGCCGCUGCAGGAUUAGCCCAGACCUGCCCCUGCGUGGCAGACAGCUUUCUCUUUCACUUAGCUUCCUGGCCGUGGUCAGCUGCCUUCAUUUUGAAGGAGCUCCAAAGGGCAGCGAAGGCAGGGAAGGGCGGAAAGUUGGCUGUUGUGGCGGCUGCGGAGAUUCUCCGAGGGCCUGGGUGUGGCUAGGAAGCUGUGCCCUGGUCCCGAGCAUGCUCUUUUUGCUGGCCUACUUGUUCCUACUACACCCAAAGUGUCCAGAAGUGUGGGAAGAGAAGGCCAAGUCCGAUUGUCAAUUCGUCCUCGACUUUGCCUUCGCACGUUUUUCGAUGCCUAUACCCCGAGGCUUGUUGCUUUUCAGCUUUGCAGUGCCGACCGUCGCUGCAUGCUGCUGCCUGGCCCGGGCACGUUUCCUCCUGUUUGAAAGCAAAGACGGGGGGGCGAACAUGGAUCUGGCCUUCCGCCCGCUGAUGGCCAGUAUCGCUGCAAGGUUCUUCCAGAAGCACCACGAGUCUCUCCUGGCGGAGAUGUUCCUUCAGUUCCGGAAGUCUGUCGAGAUCCAAAUCGAAGAACGAAAGGUCGAGGAGGCGAAGAGGCAGCACGAGGAAGACCGGCGCAAGAUGGAGCAGCGGCACAAUGACCGGCGGGCGAAGUUCAUUGCGCAGUCGGUGCAAGGGAAAGAGCGGAUGAUGCUGCUGUCCAUUGUGAAGCGCUGUCUCGUGGCGUGGUCGCAGCAGGUGGUGGAGAGUCAGAUGGAGCUCAUGCGCAGCGAAGCACAAGAGAAGCACUCCACGGAGAUGAACGAAGUGAAGUCGCAGCUCCGCGACCAUUCGAAGAAGAACGGUGUCUACGCUGCACUCAGCCCUGGCCUCAAGUUUGCUUUUCCCUGCGUAGCUCCCAAUGCCCAGGGAUCGAAGCGUCUAGGUGUUUACAUUAAAGCUAUGACCGUCAUGUGCAUAUGCAGCGGCGUCUACAUCCGACGCCUGGCUAUAGGCAUGACGGAUGUGCGAUGCGAGAGAACGGCCGCCUCGGCAGCCGCCGCGGCCUCCGGCAGCUCCCUGUUGUACCUGGCAGUUUCUGGCGACUUUGCCGGUCGCCUGAUUGGCAAAAAGGGUCAAAACGUCCAGGAGUUGCAGGCCCGCACUGGCGCUCGACUCCAGCUGUCGGACUUGGGCAGCGACGAAACGCUUGUGGAAGUAAGCGGACCUUGCCAAUGCGUUGAUGAUGCUUGUUUCUUGUUUUUGGAUGACCUUGCACGCAUCCAGAAGCUUCGCGUCGCAGGCACCAAAAUUGGCCUUGCGUCUGCCAAUGUGCAGCUUGCGGUGCUGAUUCUCGAGGAUUUGUCAGACUGGGUCAAUUCCGAUCUGCGGAAGCAAGUGGAAACAGCUUCCGAUGAGACUACCUUGGCUUCGGAGGAGAAAGGAGGCCACGAGGCGGAGGCGGAGGCCUCCGGCGAGUCACUGCAAGCACCAACGCGCACGGUCGACAUGGAGCUCUUGGGCUAUGCCGAGGUCAGCGGACGGCGCUUUCGCAAGCUCUUGCUUUCGGGCCAUCCACGUCGAGUGGGCUCUGUCGUGCACACUGUGAGAUGCCGAAUUCGGCGCUACUCCCGCUGGGCAGACGUGAAGGUGCGAGAGCCACCAGCUGUACCCCUCAUGCUCUUGGAGUCCGAUCCGCCGGAUGACUUCGUGUCAACCGAGAACUUUCUCCUUGGCUUGCCGAAAGGAUGCGAGUCCACGCUCUCCGAGACCUAUAAGGAUCUGCUCUUUCAGAUCCAGGAGGACUCGGGGGCCAGCGCUCGAGUGCGAGCUGACGGCCCGGGCCCAGGUUGCUUGGAGAUUGCUGGCUGCUGCUUUUCCAAGCUCGCGGCGGCGGUCGAAGUUUCGGCACUUCUGGUCCAACUCUCAUGCGAAGACUCCGGCGAUGGUUCUCUGCAAGUUUGGCUUCGAACUGACGGGCCUUGUGCCCUGACCAGCGAUGCGAUCUCUGCUGCUUCUUCUUCCAGAGGCGUGCGUGCGGUCGUAGGACAAAAGACGCUUAAAUUUGGUGCAAGCUUCUCUCGGAGUGUCCAGCUCCAUGGACAGCUUGCUCCUCUUUGCGCAGUGGCUCGGGCGCUUGCGCUUGAAAGCGAGCGGAAGGCUUGGGCCUACGUGCGUAAACAUGGGCAGCCCAGUUUGCUGGUGGACUACCUCUCCAGGUGGUUUGGGCGGGAGGCCGGUCGCAUGCUCCGAGAGCGAUCUCAACAUGCAAGUGCUUCCCGAAAAGUUCACGCAGCUGAGCCUGGUGAGGAUGGUGCGACUGCAAGUAAGAAGCAGAAAUCCACUGCAAAAAGUUCGUCUGCAGUUCUUCCAGUCAUGGGUCCACACCUGCCGGAUCUCGACGCCAGCGACGCGAUGCAGGAAGAACCGCAGAAGAACGACGACGAUGACGAUGAAGAGGAGGAGUUGGUUGUGCUGCCUUCUGCCUCUCUUCUUCCAUUGAAUCUGGCAGAGGAGACCUCAGAACCCUGGGAGGAGACGGUCCCGGUCCUCCCUGAGCCUCCCACACCCCCGGAGCCUCUGCUUCCCGAGAUCAAGGAGGCCCCGCCAGCUCCGGAAGCUCCGGCGCCCGAGCCGCAGGCUCUUUUGGACACGGACUCUGACAGCGACUACCGACCCGGUCCGAGCGAGGACCCUCUCUGGCACAGGCGACAGGAACUCCUCAAGAAGCUCAACCAGCUGGGCUAA